AUGACUGACUUGUCCGCCUACGCUGCUGCCGCCGAGAAGGCUUUCGAGCAGACCAAGCAGCUUCUUUCGGACAACGGAUGGACCCCGAGGAAGCAGGGCGAAGGGUGCACCCUCGAGGAGAGGGAGCUACCGGGCGAGCCCAUCAAGGCCUUUAAGGUCGAGGGCAUCAUCAACCGGCCCGCGAAAGAGUGCGGCGACAAGCUGUGGAACUUCCGUCAGACCGAGUGGCAAAAGAUGGACUCCGACUGCGAGCUGUUCAACGUCGUAGAGGAGGGCGACGACCUGCGGCUGGUGUACCAGCUCAACAAGAUCCCCUGGCCCCUCUGGCAGCGUGAUGUGAGCGUGUUGUGGCGACGCAGCGAGGAGGACGGCGUCUUCUACUUCGUGGCCACCUCCAUCGACAACCCCAAGGUGCCCGAGUACAAGGAUAAGUACGUGCGUGCCACGCUCACAUUCUCGCUGAUCGCCUUCGCUCCCGAGGGUGACAACAAGACCAAGAUCACGCGUGUCAUUCACGUGAACCCGGCGGGCAACAUCCCCGCGGCCUUCGUCAACGCGUCCGCCGACCGGAUGCUCCAGUUGCCCGGCAAGAUGGAGAAGGUCUUCGGCGAGAUGUAA